AUGAACGUGCUGCCUUUCGUCUUCCACGCGUUCCAACCGGAACUCGACCAAUUCACCUCCAUCUGUUUUCAUCGCGAAUUCGAGCGCAAGUGCUUCGAUCCGCCCGCGCUUUCCGACGAACAGCAUGUUCCGAAAAGACCGCCGCCCGUGUGGACCAGUGUUCCGACGUAUAAAGUGCUGGUGCUUAUGGUCGACCUCAUGUUGUGGUUGAACUGGCUGCGCAAUCAGAAAGUCAAUCAUAGAAAGGUAAAGAAAGGAAUUUGCCGCAGUGCACGGUCUCCCAGGGCGCUAAUGCUAAACACAGUGCGCUCGUAAAUUGCGGAGUGUCGUUGUAACUUUUGAAAAUUUGCGGGUAUAAAAAUGCAGUUCAAUUCGAGUUUACGACAUUUAUUUCUUUCUUUUUGACUUGAAAAACGUCUAGAAAACAAUAUUUUACUGAUUGGAAACCGUUAUUUACAGAAUUUAGAGUUUUUCAUGUUUUAGCGUCUUUUUCGCAUUUCGUCAAAACUUCAAACCUUUAUAUUUCAGCUCAUUUUGCAUUUCAUGAGCCCAACGAACGAUAAAAAUGUUCGCUGAACCUUUCUUCACAAAAUUCAGGUUCCGGCGGUUAGUUUUCUUGAGCAGUUUUCGAAAACUAUUCGAAAAACAUCAAAGUCCAGGCCAAAACCUUCAAAUCGAAAUAACUCGGUUAAUUCUCAACGAUAUGUGAGAUUUUUUUACCAAAACGUAGCCAGUGCUCUAAUUAUUCGACGCCAGGUUCCAGGCGUACAAAAAUAGGUGUAUUGUACAGAAAACAUGGAAAGAACGCGAACUCCCGUUGAAAAUUAAUUAAUCGGCCGCCGCGUAAAUCGACACAGCCCGCCUGUUGCAAGUGCGCCCCAUUGAAAUCAUUCGCGCCGUGGGAGACCGUGCAGUGAUUUCGGUGGAGCGCACUUGCUAUGCUAAGCGACGUUCCCCAUUUUUCAGAUGAAAAAGACGCUCUUUUACUAAAAGAGUUGGAAAAAAAAACAACUCUAAACAUUACAGGGCACCUUCUUCACGAUCCUCUUCAUUCUCUCGCUGACCGUCUCGUUCCGCAUCCUCUACUCGAUCGUCUGCACUUCCGUCGCUUCCGUCGUUUCGGACGACAAAUCGGCGGUGCACGUAUUCUGCACGCAAUCCUCGCUCUACGUCGACUACUGCAGCAACUUCUUCUCCAUUUCGAUCACGUUCUUCAUGUCGCUCAAUCGGUGCUUCUGUUUCGUCGCCAAACACUGGAAUUCGAUGCUUUUCGACGGAUUUCACGUCGUCAUUCCCGUCGUUUUCAGUGCGUUCGUCUCGAUUUCGGGCGGUGUUCUCGCUAUUCUCACUUCACAAAUCACCAGAAUGUAUGUCAACAAUUUGGGAUUCGUCGAUGUCGGUCCGCAAGGCGGAUACAAAGUGGUCAGUUCAAAACAGAGAACAUGGUAUCGCAAAUUUUAUUUUUCAGACAAUCAAUCGACUUUUCUAUCUUUUCCAAUUUGGCUCUAUUGCAUGCUACCUGAUUCUCUGGCGACAUUUACGCAUUCAAACGCGUCUGGCUCUCUCGAAAAGUUAUCAAAAUCGGGGAGAGCAGAAAGUGUUCAUUCAGCUUCUGAUCACCGUCGUUCUUUAUGGGGUAUGUGCAAGCAGUGUGCCUUACCGAAAUUUUUUUUACCGAAAGAAGUGAAUUUCGGUAAAUUUUCGGUAAAUUUUCGGUAAAUUGUUUCGAAAAUUUACCGAAAGAGUUUCGGUAAAAACUGUUUUUACCGAAAGAGUUUCGGUAAAUUUUCGGUAAAAACGUUUUUACCGAAAGAGUUUCGGUAAAUUUACCGGUAAAUUUACCGGUAAAUCGUUCCUUUCGACAAUUACCGAAAGAACAAUUUUUGAGAGCGGAGAAAAAAAUGUUAAAACAUGUUUUUUUGUUUUCAAUUUUUUAAUAAUUUUUUUCAAUAAUUUUUUUGUUUUUUUGUUUUUUUAAAUUUUUAAAUAAUUUUUUUGUUUCUUUUUUUAAUUUUUAAAUAAAUUUUUAAUUUUUAAAUUUUUUUAUAAUGCUAUGCAACGAGUUUCGCAUUUAAUGUGUCCCCAAAGUUCCUCAUUCGAAAAUAAACUGAUCGUUAAAAGAAAACAGAAAAAUUGAGGCGCCGAGCGGUGCCGUCGAUACCGAAAAGGCGCGGCACCGGCGUUCUUUUUUUGACAAGGGAAGUGACUGAUGUGACUAAUUUAGAACAUUCUGAACAACAUCCCAAACAUCAGGAACACGCUGAACAGUCGCCUCAAUGUUCCGUUCUCAAAAUUGAAAAUUGUUUCGAAAAAGUACCCAUUUACCGAUAAAAUUUACCGAAACUUUUACCGAUAAAAUUUACCGAAACUUUUACCGAAAUAGUUUCGGUAAAUUUACCGGUAAAUUUAUCGGUAAAUUUUCGGUAAAUUUUCGGUAAAUUGUUUCGAAAAUUUACCGAAACUCUUUCGGUAAAAAAAAGUUUUACCGAAAAUUUACCGACAAUUUACCGAAAUUUUUACCGGUAAAUUUACCGGUAAAUUUACCGAAACCCUUUCGGUAAGGCACACUGUGUGCAAGUGCGCUCCACCGAAAUCUUCGAUUCAAAUUUCAAAUUUUCAGUUGCUAUCGGUGGUGUACGAGGCUGUUACCCUCGUCAACUGGGGCGCCAACACCACUCUCCAGCUGACAUUCAUCUCCGUUCUCAGCAUUUUCAACUAUUUGCCCGAGAUCUCGCUUCCACUGCUAUUAGUGUGUAGCAGUGUGCAAAUCAGAAAACGCAUCGCCAUUUGGAUCACGCCCACGGCCGACAAGACGAUUGUCACUGCGAAACACACGAACACGACGAGCACUGUUUGA